GCUACAAACUCUAACGGAAAACGGUCUUCCGGUCGAAAGCAGGAAAAUAACUGAAUUAAUCAAAGAAAUAAAAUAACUAAAUUAAAAAAAAAUUCUUUCCAAAGAAGUAAAUAAAUUUCAUUUUUUGCAAUCGAGAAAAUUGUUAUUUUUUUAAGUGUGAUUUUAAACAAAAUUAUUGACGCUUUUACAAACAAAGAAAGAAUUUAGCAUAAUCUCCUUAAAAAAUAUGGCAUUUAAAACUUUUUACUGUGUCGUUCUGUUGUUUUUCUUAACAUUUACAAUGGUUAAAGGUUCAUGUUUGGAAUAUGGUCACUCUUGUUGGGGUGCCCAUGGCAAACGAUCAUCGGACACCAAAAUUCACCGUGCCGAUAAAAAGCCGCCUACGGAAUUGGAUUUUGCCGAUCUGAAUGCUGCAAAGGAGUCCAACUUUGAAAGUUCUGAGGACCAUGUGAAACCGCCCUACGACACCAUGUCCCAGCCAAACCAUGAUGUUGCCAAGACUGCCAACGAUCUUAGCAAUGAGAUGAAUAAUGAAAAAGUAUUAAAAUUGGAAAAUCUACUCUUAAAACAAUUAAAGGCAAAUGGCAAACAUCAUGCAACAGAUGAGACAAGAAGUGAAUCUCAACAUUUUCUACAGCCAGGGCAUAAAUCAAAUACAGCAGCGGACUCUUAUUUAAAUGAGAGAUGGAGACGUUUGCCGCUAUACAACUUUAGACGCUAUCCGAUGGCGAAUGGUGACAAAUGGCUAAACGAUUUGGAAAGUGAACAAACUCGUAAUAUGGAUGAGACAGCAGAUUAUAUAUAAAAAAAGAUCGCACACAACACACAAAAACCAAACUAAGGCAACAAGAGACUCAUUCAGAUAUUUCCCCUUUUAUGCAAGAUAUAACAAAAUUUCGUGAAAAAAACAACAAGUAAAACUUUAUGUAAAACUAAACUAAAAUAUUUGCAUGUUGCAUGAAAAAAUAACAACAAAAAUAUAUAUAUAUAUAUAUUAUUACUAAAUUUGUAAUUUUACUAUACAUAUAUAUGUAUAUCUAGACAUCCAAAUAAACCGAACAAAUAUGUUAACAUAAAGCCGUCAGUGAAAUUCAACUUUACGUAUAAAUAAUUUUAAUAAAUUUAAAAAAUUAUUUCACUUAUUUUAUAGAUGUAUGUGUAUAUAUAAUAAUAAUAAAAAGGUGUGAACCAAUCUUAAGACUAAAACUAAAUAAUUAUUUAAAUUUUAAAAUAUCAAUUAAAAAAUAUAAUACCGUGACAAAAUGUUAUGACUAUUAAUGACCAUGGCUGGAGGCAUUAAUAUCUAUAACAAACCAUAAACAAAUAAAAUCUAUAAAAAGUA